GUAUAUGGCUUUUAUGUAACAGGUUGAAGUAAGCAACCAGGAAGCUUCAGUUAGUGGUUCCCAGAUUUCGGAAAGUGGAUCUACUAAGACCUCUCUGAUUUCACCUAAACAAUCAGCAAUAUCGGUAUCCGAGGCCAAACGCCACACUUCAUUAUUUUUUGCACUUUGCACAAAGAGACCUACUCUUCUUCGACAGCUGUUCAAUGUUUAUGGAGGGUCUCCAAAAGUUGUUAAGCAGUGUAUCCAUUGGCAUAUACCUACUCUUGUAAGAAAUCUGGGAUCCUCAUGUCCUGAGAUGCUGGACAUUAUCCAUAGUCCACCUGAAGGCAGUGAGGAACUUGUUACUAUGAUACUGCAAACACUGACCGAAGAAUCAAAUCCUUCAGCCAACCUGGUCGUGGCUGUUAAACAUCUAUAUGAGACCAAGCUGAAGGAUGCGUCUAUUCUCAUUCCAUUGCUAUCCUCAUUUCCGAAGGAAGAGGUGCUGCCUAUAUUUCCGAGACUAGUUGAUCUCUCACCUGACAGGUUCCAAGACGCACUUGCUCGGAUAUUGCAGGGAUCUGCUCAUACUGGGCCAGCGUUAACCCCUGCUGAAGUUCUGAUUGCAAUUCAUGAUAUUAAUCCAGAAAAGGACAAAGUUCCUCUAAAGAAGGUCAUAGAUGCUUGUACUGCUUGCUUUGAGCAGCGCACGGUAUUUACUCAGCAAGUUCUAGAAAAGGCACUAAAUAAAUUGGUCGACAAUGUACCGAUUCCUCUUCUUUUUAUGAGAACAGUUAUUCAAGCACUCGAUGCUUUCCCAGCUUUGGUUGAUUUUGUCAUGGGGAUACUUUCCAGGCUUGUCAAUAAGCAGAUCUGGAAAAUGCCAAAGCUGUGGGUUGGCUUCUUAAAAUUGGCAUACCAGACUCAACCACGCUCUUUUGAUGUUUUACUACAGUUACCUCCACCACAGCUUGAAGUUGCAUUGAAUAAGUACCCGAAUCUUCGAUCACAUCUUUCUUCCUUUGUUAAUCGGCAGAACUUGCACAACAAGUUGCCUAGACAUACUUUGAAUAUUUUGGGCUUCCUUAACGAACCACAGCAGGCACCAAUGCCAUUUGCGCCCGCUGCAUUACAAACAGCAGACACGACUUCCUCUCUUCCUGGUGCAAACAUAAUGUGAAAUCUGAUGAUGGAAGUCGUAGCACCGAUCAGGUGCAAUAAUGCCUUGUUCAUCACAGGUGGACAUUCAGAGAUAUAUGGGCGUGGAAUGACACAAAUGAGGACGGCGGUGCCCUUUGAUGCGUUUGCAGUUAAUGCCUCUCAGCAACUCAACAAUCUAUCGCGGUUACUGACUAAAGGGUGGUCUGGAUCGAAUGUGGUUGAUUAGAGGGUGGUCUAUUGUGUUUGUGCUGGAGCUAUUGCUUCUCCGAACACCGGUCACUCCCAAGUUGUAUAGUAGCUGUAUCCUUGUGGUAAAAAGUAGUACCACUUGCAGGCUGAGGCUUAUGUGGCCACCAAACGGCAGAGCUAGUGAUUUACAAAUGGCCAAGGGAUAUUAUUUGAUAGGCAUGUCUUACUCCAAUGAGGACACUGGGGUACUUGCAGCAGCAUUCUUUUUGCAAGGAGCCCGCAAUUGACUGACUGACGCUAACCAUUGCUGCAGUCCUAACAGUUUGUCUGUGUGUUGUAAUAUUGUAUAUUAAAUUAAUUGAUUUAGUUAGCAAGAAUAUUUACUGUCAUAUUUAAUCAAGGCUUUUGUCAG